AUGUUAUAUUGCGGAAUUAUAUUGUAUUUUCUAUUAUUGCAACGAUUGAUAACAUGUUCCAAUGUGACUGAAACUAUAUCAUCUUCGCAAGAUCCCUUGUCAAUAGAGGAAUCUAUCGCUAAAGGGAAGAGUUUUAGGGAGCGAUUUGUUCAGAGCAAGAAUGAAUUCAAGUUUUCAUCGAACAACACAAUUGAGCCAAGUGAUAAAAAUAUCGAACUUUGGAAUGCUGACCAAUUUUUACAAAUCUGGAAUCCAAUUGUUAUUUCGCGAAUUUGGAAGAAUGAGACAUAUCGAGAUGCAGGUAUUUCGUUACCGUGCGGUAAAGAUUUGACUCAUUACAUGAUGGGCAUAUCAAGAAAAACAAAUUGGGCUCUGAAAAUGAUGGACGCGGAUGGCAAGUAUAUAUGGGGUAUAUUUUCGGGUAAUAAAUAUUGGGUUGGAGCUGCAGAUCAAUGUCGCAAAAUGGAAAAGGAAUUUAUAGAAUGGCAACAGGAUAAGAAACUUCAUCAAAAUAAAGAAUUACCGCCUUUCCGCGUCAGCAUGAACUCCAUCAAUCUUAUGCUUGAUAUCCUGAAACCUGGAUUAAAUGAGACACACAAUAUUAUCCUUGGAUUAUGCUUGCCAAUUGUGUGCGAUACAAAAGAUGUCGAGAGACUUUUGUAUUUCGCACAAAAUCAAUCUAGCGUCAAUUUACCGUUACGAAUUACCAUCGAUCACAUACGAAAUCUUUCAAAAGGUUAUACAUUUUGGAAAGAUACGACAUUUUAUAUUUUAUUGUAA